CGGCGGCAUUUUAAAAGUGUGCGCUAUGUUUAGCUUACAAUGUCUAUCCCGAUAAGUCAUUUUGGAACAGCUAAUAUUGUAUUAGCUACUGAUACAUCCCGACAACCUUCUAGUUGUUUAGAAUCUGUCACUGUAAAUGAGAACUCAGAAGUACAUGUUGGCAGUUUAGGCUUAGGUACAGCCCUGGCUGUCGCCUAUGAUCUAUGCAAUGAUAAUGGAAUAUUAAAUCAAGUUAAUUCAUAUAAUAAUGGUGCAAAUACAUCAACUACUCAUCAAUUAGCUAACAAUAUUCUUUCUCUGUCUUCAAUGAAAUCAUCGCCUGCUCAGUUGUCGUCAAAUUAUUGUCGUAUAACGUCAGAUCCACAACAGUAUCAGUAUACUGUAUAUUCUAAUCUUCCUAUUACAAAUGGUUUAUCUUGGAUUACUCAACAAUCUGAUGCUUAUCUAACACCCAUCCAAUCGUCUGUAUCUUUCUAUGAUUGUGAAUCUCCGACUAAAAUUCAUUCAACAAAUGACACUGAUAGUAAUAAUAUUGGUAAUCAUUUGAAUCAUUCUAAGUUAACUUCAUCUAAUCUUCCUGAUUUCGUAAAUAAUAAUAAUAAAGUUAUUAACUAUGUGAUAGAUACUGCUGUUAGUCAACCGAUGCUUGUGAUGAAUUCAAUCCCAGAAGUUCUUACGAAUGGUACCACUACUACUACUAUUUCUUUAACUAAUUCAAAUGGACAGAUUAACUUAACACAUAAUAUACAAAAUGGGGAUGUGUGUACCACUAAAGUGUCGACGUUGAAUAAUUGUGAUAAUAAUAAUAUUAAUGUGCUGAAAGAGAAUACGGAUACUAAUCAUAUUGGGGCAUCAUCCGUUGAUGAAUCUAUGUAUGAAUUAUCUGAAGAAGAAAUGCGUGAAAUUGAUGCGACGCUUACAACAAAUGCUGAUGUUAUGGCUAGUCGUCAAUGGAAGUAUUAUAUUGAGACAAAUGAAUGGACACGUGCCACAUGUGCAUUGAUGGCAUGUCUGUUCACUCGGGAUCAGAUGGCGAAUUCAACGGUAUUAGGUCGUGGUGGAUCACGACGUGCACGUCUUCCAAGCAAUUUAGUAGCUUAUGUUGUUAGUACAAUUCGUCGACGAUUUAAUAAACCUGCAGCAGCUAUACGUGCACGUAUGGCACAAAAGUGCAAAGAUGAAAGACGUUUUGGUCGUGCCUUACAGAAUCCCAGUCUUCAUAAUUGUUAUUCUUCAAUAGAUGGUAGUGGUACAUAUGAAUUCAAUGAUUGUCAUUCCCCUGUCGCUGCGAUUACACCAUGUCGAUCUGGUGGUGGAAUAAAAAGAAAAUCAAAGAAACGAUUAUUAACCUCUACUGCUGGUCAUUCAAAUGUGAAGACUUCAUCUGAUUCUAUGAAUGGAAUCAAAGAACAAUCAAAUACACCUAAUAAUAAUAAUAAUAGUGGUACUCUGUAUCAAAUUCAUACCAUGAAUGGUGAUGAUGCCUAUUCCUCAUCCACAACAACAACGACAGCUGAUUCCAAUCAACUCCCAUCGAUGGUCCACCAAAGUUUCGACGAAGAUAAUGAUCGUCGUUGUUUCAUUCCAUCCUCAUGUGUUCUAGAUGAUUCCUCAUCCUCAGGAGGAGGUGGGGGAGGAUUGAGUCAUCAGUCUGAUGUGAACUAUGCGGAUAAUUAUUAUCAUUCUAUAAAUAGUGAUGGUAGCGGCGAUCAAAUCAUCACGUUCUCAUCAACGUCAUCAAAGUUUGUGAUGAAUGAUGGAGUGGCCAGUACUACUGAUAAUACUAGUCACAGUAAUAAUAAUGAUGAUAAUAAUAAUAAUAGUAAUCCGGGUAAGUGUAUGAACCAUGGAUCCAUUGAAUCCUCCUCACCAGCAUGUAUCCUUUCUAAUAACAAUAGUGAUUAUUAUUAUGAAAUAUCUUGUGGAUAUCAAGGACAACAUCAACAAGAAUAACUUGCAUCUUCCUGUGGUGUCGGUGGCGGUUGGUUGGCUUAUGUUUGGCUCACCCCCUCCCCAGUCACCGUUCGUCUUCACAAAAAAUCAAUAAGUGAGCUUUUUGUAUUUUUGUAGUCCCGAAUACCACCACCCCUUCGCCUUCCGAAGAAAAAUGAAGGUUUUCUUAUCAGUUACUUGGAUACGCCUUUUAUUAUUGUUUUUAUUAUUACUAUUAUUUUUAGAGAAUUAUUAUCAUUAUUCUUAUGUAAUCACACCAUGGUGCCUCUUUUUUGUUACGAAGAACUCGGUUUUCCCAUAAUAUUUUAAUUGCAAUAAUGAUAAUGAUGCUAAUAGGGAUUGAUAAUAUUUUCUUCUAAUGAUCCCCCCAAUCUAUCACUUCUGUAUUUGGAAUGCAGCAUUUUCUCAUUUUUGGUGUGUGUCCUUUGGUUGGUUGGUCUUUGAAGCAUCGUCAUACACUCUUCCCCUCUCUUGAGAGGCUGCUGCUGCCUAAUGUGUGUGUGUGUGUGUGUGACAAGGGAGGAUGUUGAUGACUGAGUGAGUAUUUGUGUACGCUUUUCAUCCAUCCAUCCAUGCACCUCCAAGAGGUUUAAACAGUUCAGUAGAUAUCUGUAAACACACACAAACGAUUGUCCACCCUCUGCUUUCAUCACUGAUUGAUUCAGCUCUAUCGAUCUCGUUUUCCUUUUUGUUCUUUUUUUCCAAAAAAUACCCCAGCAAAUCUAUUUUUCAAUGAAAAAAUAUGAAAGACGAAGAUGCUGUGCUUUUGCUGUCGUCAUUUGCACACAUAAUAGGUGCAAUUUUCCGGUGGCUUCAUCAUACACACUACACACCCCGUUUAUUUCCGUGCCUAUCAGUACAUAUUAUUAUUAUUAUUAGCGUUAUCACUAUGGUGUGAUAGAUCAGUAUUCCUGUGUGUUUUUUAUAAUGUACAAUUGAUCACUAAACGCAUUCGAUCUCUUUUCUGUCUGUUUUGUAUUUCGGACUUAUUACUCGUAACAAUGAUGCUACUGCUUAUACUACCAUUAUUCUUAUAGUUUUCAGUAGUAUGUAACACUUUCCUAUUAAUAUAUAAUUAUUAUUUUUAUUAUUUUUGAUUGAUUUUCUUAUAUGUACACAUUUAAUUUAAUUUAUAUGAAUGUUAUGUUAUAUGUUAUACUUUUGUUUUAUACAAUAUUUUUUGGAAGUUUCUAUACCGGUUUUUAUUUUGUCAUCUCUCCAGCCGCUCGUAUAUUACUCAAUCUGUUUGUUUUUCUGUAAUCAUAUAGCCUGAUGGAGCCCCGUUGGAAAUGGAUGGAUGCGUGGGCGGGUAGUGUGGAUUUUGAUAACAUUCCGAUUUAUCUUUCUGUCCCUCUCUCUCUCUCUCCCUGUAUGUAUGUUGGAAUGAUGCCUAAUUUUUUAUUUCUUCUUAAGUUAAUGUUUCCCUGCCCACCACCACCUUUCGGUGUCUUUUUUGCAUUAUGGUUUACUAUUCUUCAGUGUGUGUUUUCUAGUUGGCGGAUGCUUUUGGUUAUCUUUGAGGCAGUGUCCUGCAGUCUUCCAUUCUGCUCCACUCUUUUGCACAUACAACAUAUUUGCACAUACAACAUAUAUUUGUCCUUAUUUGAAACUAAUUUUUAUUCAAAAACCUGUUACUAAAAUGGGGAUGUGUAACAAGGGAGGUUAAUGAGUGAAUAUAUGACAGAGAAUAUACUGCUGGCUUCUAUCUACCUACACACAUCCGGCAGGGGAAGGGAUUAAACAGCUCAAUUAUCUGUACAGACACAGACGUCGUACACACAGAGACAAUUAUCCGUCUUCUGCUUUCGCUGAUUGAUUCAGCCUUCUCGAUCUCAUUUUUGGUUGUCAUCAUUUACACACACAUACACUAUAUAUAUAUAUAUAUAUAUAUA